AUGACGACAAAUACCAAACUAGUAUGCUUCACCAAUUGUCUUCUGGCACUUGAAGACGGUACCCUUGUCCCUCGGGAUCUUUGGAUAGAUUCCGAACUGGGUCUGAUUUUGGACGCACAGCACACUUUCUUUGCUGCACGGACUCGUCCGUCUCGCGUCGUUGACUUGCACGGAGCUAUUCUGGCUCCUGGUCUCCUCGAUAUCCAAAUCAAUGGUGCAUUUGGGUUUGACUUCAGUAUAUACAAUAAUAACGAAGGAAUUCCCGACACUCCCGAAGAGGAAAGUCGUGCGGAUAAAGAUUAUCUUGAUUCGUUAGUUCGGGUGGCGGAUCGUAUUACGGAAACUGGAGUGACCGGAUUGGUCCCGACCAUUGUUACGCAGCAAAGGGAAAUCUACCCCAAGCUACUGUCUCUGUUAGCCCCACAAGACACGCCUCACGGUGCGCAUUUGUUGGGUUGGCAUGCUGAAGGGCCUUUCUUGCAGCCUGCCAAAAGGGGCGCUCACACAUCAGCUUUUUUGCUCUCUGCACCAGACGGAAUUUCUUCCUUCGAAGCUGUGUACGGUUCCACGGCGCUUGAUAAACAUACCGGGGGAGUUCGCAUUAUUACGGCGGCGCCAGAGUUAGAAGGAGUACUUGGUAGCGUCGCACCGCUUGCGGAACGAGGCGUAGUUGUAUCGAUCGGUCACAGCAUUGCACCCACUCCAAUCGCGACUGCGGCUGUCGCACACGGUGCUCGUCUCAUCACUCACCUCUUCAAUGCGAUGCCACAACUACACCAUCGUGAUCCAUCCAUUAUUGGGCUACUAGGAUCCAGUCAAGCCGGAAAAGGAGACGCAGUUGGAGUCCCUCGACCAAGUCACGCAGCUUACGCUCCAGGGAAAGCUCCUCCCGAAUCCGUAUCAACUCUGGGUGGAAAGUCGCUGCUAAAGAAAAUUAGUACAGUGAAUCUGACAUCACCGACCAAGAGCGAACAAAAGCAUGAGGUGUCCGAAGCACUUCAAGAAUUAAUUACCCCACCCCAAACCCCCUUGGUCGCUCGCCAGCGGUUGGCCCAACGCCAUCGAUUCUCAUGGCCAAAGGUUGCGUCUUCACCGAUGCAAUGUCCAUGCUCGAUCCUCAUCUUCCGGAUGGUGUACAUGAAUGGAGGGACGGAAAAGGCUGGUCAAAUCAGGGAUAAGCUCUUUAUUGAGGCACUGACACACUCGCUGGAAGGCGAUGCUAUCAAAUGUGCAACUUAUAACCCAGCCAAGUGUCUUGGAAUUGAAGCUCGAAAAGGCACCCUGCGAGCUGGUGCUGAUGCAGAUCUCGUAGUGAUGACGGCUGAAGGAGAGAUUCUAAGUACUUGGCUCAGUACCAUUGGCCUCUCGCUCGUCUCAACUACAUCCUGCAAUUUUGUGCUGAAGCAUGCCCAUGAAAGGAGUAAAGGCUGGCCGUAUAUGCUAGACUACGUAGCGGUGGAUAUUCCAAGCGACCAAUGGACAGAUACACAGGAAGCCUGGUGGUUGGUAAUGGAAAGUACGACGUCUGGCCUUGUACACAUCACACACAUUCAAUUCUUAACACUGCUCUACCCCUCCGGUAUCGAAGCUCGCUUGAUCUUCUUACUCCUCGGACCUCUAGCAAUUGCUUCCAGUGGCAUGGUGUUUACAUCGAUGAACUCAGCGGCGGAAGUCCGCGAUCUUGGAGAUGCCGUCCGUAACGUUUGCAAUUCUGCGCUCUCGUUGCUUUUCACUGCAGCCCUCUUGGCUUGGGGAUUUGUCAUCCAUCGGACGCCUGCUUGGCGCACGGAUGGCGGAACAGCCGCUUUCGGAAUUGGAGCCAUCAUCCUCGCUGUUCUGUCGACCGUUUCCAAUUUCCUUCAGAUCUUCCUCAAUAGGCGGAUUCACUGGCUCCUAAGCCUCACAUGGGCGAUUGUCCUCUGGCAAAGUUUCUUGGGUUGGUGGUGGUGGGUUGGGAGUGGAGAGGGUGUCAACGAAGUUGAAGACAUGCUUGAGCGGGAGCGCCGUAGACGACGAAAGCGUGCCAAGAAGAGGAAGAAAGAAGCCCAAGCUGCUGCAUCAGGUGCCGACCCACAGCGUGGUAUCCUACGCACUUUUCGGCGUCGGGGAUCUCGAGCACCAGACGACAAUGAAGGAAGUGUGCCAGGAAGGGCAGGCACAUCAUCUGGACAGGACAACGCAUCUUCUCAUCCAGAUGGAUCAUCUCAUCCAGAAAAUACACUUUCUAAUCCCGAGACACAUUCCCACACUACUUCUUCCCACACAUCUACAGCACCAUCGGGUGCCUUGGGGAGGGCAUGGGCGAGCAUACGCCAUGCUCAUCGCCGUGCCACGACUGUCCAAGCUAUUGAACAAGUAGAACUUCGGAACACAACUCCUGGUUGGGGUCUGGGGAGCUUUGGUGUUAUGGAAGCGGAGAGGCGGCGCGCAGGGCGAGAGGUUGAGAGGCGCGAGGGUGAGCGGAGGCUUGUGGAUAGAGAUGAUGCUACCGGAAACGACACGGCUGAUGGGCGAGACGAUGAUACUGAGGGCGUUCGCUCCGGUGGCGAAUCGGACGCAGAGACCAGACCGGGAAGGACGGCUUAUCCACCUCUGGGCUGGACUCAACGUGACCUUGACCAACAAGAGGCCGCGCGGCGUUCAAGACGGAAUGAGAGGGAAAUGCGUAGGGAGGGGAGACAGCUGAGCGGGGACGAGGAAGGGGGUGGAGUGGGAGGGACUUGGGGGUUAUGCACCAACAUGACCGGGGACUACGGGACUAUAAGAGCCAACGCAACCUGUAUCAUAUUUGUGGAUUUCAACUUGAACCUUAUCCUCGAUAUUCCAAAUAAUCUGUUAAUUCACGAACUUGAAAGGCUGGGUUUGCAUCGAUAUGAUUCGCAUAAGGGGACUGUCGGAGACCUCAUGACCAGUGGCUACCAACUUACACCAGUACACCACUGCAAAAUCUAUAUCAUGGAAAAUAUCGAGGGCACCUUUCGCAUCGUCAACAUCAAGUACAAUAAAGCAAUUACAAUCCCGGCGUACCACCCCAGUACAGUCGUUGGGUGGCAGGCUCCCCACCAACCAAAUCAGCAGUGGUUUAUUCGGCGCGCUGGGGACAAAUAUCAUAUUGAAGAUAGUCUCUAUGGUCGUUACCUAGUUCCAGAUUAUACAGAUCGGGGUGCGAGAAUCAAUCUAGGACGUUACCCAGUUAAUUGGGAGAUAUUGUCUGUCGGCGAGAACAAAUAUGUUUUCAAAGUCGCUGGUCACGAUCUAGUACUUGAUUUGCACGGCUCCGAGGAUGGCGCUGAGAUAUUAAUUAAUCCCUUACACCGGGUAACUUUUGGAAGUGGGUUUUCUGGAAAUACGCCCGAAGUAUUUAGUGCAGCAUCAAAGGACGCGCUAAUAGCGCGUUUGACUGACCAGCUCGACGAACGGGAGAAUCAAAUCGCGGAGCAAGAGGAGCGAAUCGAGAAUCAAAUACAGGAGAUUCAAGAGCUGAAGCGCGAGGCCGAGACCAGGAACCAACAUCUGGAGGAGUUGAAUAUAGCAGUAAACAAACUCCUUAUUCGUUUAGCUGAAGGAAAUGCAAGCGCUCCGAUUACUCAACCCAGUUCCAACGAUCAUAUCGAAAGUGAAGGCGACAACAUGCUUAGCCUCGAACCCGGCACCUACCGUAUCAUCAAUAUUGCCCGUAAGAAAGCAUUACGUGUUCCGGACGAAAGCACCAAUACUAUCACGAGCUGGCAGGUUCAGGAUGAACCAAACCAAAAGUGGUUUAUUCAACGUGCCGGUAACGGUUACAGAUUCAAGAACUGUGGACACGGGAAAUAUUUGUCAGUCCACAAUACACAAUGCAACUCGCAAGUGUAUCACGGUUCACCUACGACGUGGAAGAUUAUUCCACGAACGUCUAGUGGUUAUUUGAUUCAACUCGAAGCUGUCGAUCGCGUGCUUGACCUGCACGAUCGCGGAGAGGUUUACAUUUGGCCGGCAAACGAUGUUGAGCCUCAGAAAGUAUGGGACUUUGAGCGAUUGGGAUGCGAGACGGGUGAUGAGUCGAAGGAAACAGAGGGGAUAAUACCUUCUGGACAACCAGAAGGCGAUGAUUCCACUUCGAGAGAUGAGAGCGUCACCAAGAAGCCUCUUCCAGCGCUCGAUCCUAUCGCCAUCCGAGACAUUCAAAUCGCUCAACAAGCUAGGAGGAUCCAAUUGUUGGAAGCACAGCUUUCGCAAAGGGAUCAAGAAAUUGAGCGACUGCACGAUGAGGUCGCCGUGCUGAAGUCUCAGGAGUCAAGUCAGGUAUCGGCUCUCCAUGAGCGAACGAUGGAAUUAGAAAAACUCGUUGAGAAACUAUUUGAACAGGAAUCAAAAAGACCAAACAACGCCGCUUAG